AUGGAAAGCAGCAACCUCACCUCAGUAACUGAGUUCAUUCUCCUUGGCCUCUCCAGUAGACCUGAGCUCCAGAUGUACCUUUUCCUGCUCUUCCUCAUGGUCUAUCUGAUGAUAUUAGUGGGGAACCUACUCAUUGUGUUAUUGAUACUGAUGGAUACAUGUCUCCACACACCCAUGUAUUUCUUCCUUGCUAAUUUGUCCAUUCUAGAACUUUCUUACACAACCUGUGUGAUUCCACAGAUGCUGGGACACUUCUUGGCAGAAAGGAAGUCUAUCUCCUUCUUCCGUUGUGCUGCACAGUUUUAUACAUUCCUGUUUUUUGGCAUUGCAGAGUGCUACAUCCUCUCAGUUAUGGCCUAUGAUCGCUAUGUAGCCAUCAGGGAUCCUUUAAGGUACUCAGUCAUAAUGAACUGGGGUUUCUGUGGAGGGUUGGCUGCUGGAUGCUGGGUGGGUGGCUUUAUAGCAUCCACAGUAGACACAAUGGCAACAUUCCAGCUUUCAUUCUGCCGGGAAAAUGUUAUCAAUCAUUUCUUAUGUGAAAUGCCUGCUUUGCUGCACCUCUCCUGUACAGAUACAUCCCAUGUAGAGAUGGUCAUGAAUGUCCUCUGUAUCUUUACCCUCGUAUGUCCUGUCACAUUCAUCACCUUCUCAUAUGCCCACAUUAUUAAUGUUGUUCUACACAUUCGAUCUGCCCAGGGACGCAAAAAAGCCUUUUCCACUUGUUCUUCCCACCUCAUAGUUGUGAUGGUAUUAUAUGGUACUGUACUCUCACUCUAUAUCAGACCUCGAUCACUCUCUUCCCCAAAAUAUGAUAAAAUUAUUUCUGUAUUUUAUGUGGCCUUUACACCUAUCUUUAAUCCUCUCAUCUACAGUCUGAGGAAUAAGGAGGUAAAAAUGGCCCUAAAAAAACUCCUGGGGAAAACCAGAGACACAUAA